UUUCAACACUACUAUAUAACAAAUAAUUUGAGAAAGAUAUGGAUACUGCAGUCGAAGAGAAGAUAAUUAAUGAAGAGUACAAGAUAUGGAAAAAGAAUACCCCAUUUCUGUACGACUUCAUGUUGACAUACUCGCUCGAGUGGCCCUCACUCACCUGUCAGUGGAUGCCUCAGCUCAACAGACUAGAUGGUAAAGACAAUACAGUACACAGACUUAUACUGGGAACACACACAAUAGAAAAGGAGCAAAACUAUCUGAUAAUAGCGUCUGUGACGUUACCCGCUGGAGAUGUACCUUUUGAUGCCAGUCAGUACGAUUCAGACAGGGGAGAGUAUGGAGGAUUUGGUAACAGUAAAGCGAAGGUGGAAUUAGAUAUAAAGAUAAACCAUGAAGGAGAGGUGAACAGAGCUCGAUACAUGCCGCAGAAACCCUCCGUCAUAGCAACCAAAACUCCAUCUUCAGAUGUGCUAGUUUUCGACUACACCAAACACUCUUCCAAACCAAGUGCAGACGGAAAGUGCAGCCCUGACCUGAGGCUGAAAGGUCACACUAAAGAAGGGUAUGGGUUGUCAUGGAGCCCUAACAACGCUGGACACCUACUUAGUGCGUCUGAUGAUUGCACAAUAUGUUUAUGGGAUGUUGAGGCGGCCACUAAGGAAGCCAGAUCCAUAGAGGCUAAAUCAAUCUUCCGAGCACACACAGCCGUGAUAGAGGACGUAGCUUGGAAUCCGCUCCACCCUACCACUUUCGGGAGUGUAGCAGACGACAAGAAACUAAUGAUAUGGGACACUAGAGAGAGUGUACAGACUAAACCUGUACACUCUAUAGAGGCCCACUCCAAAGAGGUAAACUGCUUGUCCUUCAACCCCUACUCUGAGUACAUUCUAGCGACUGGAUCAGCUGACAAAACUGUAGCCUUGUGGGACAUGAGGAACCUUAAAAUAAAACUACACAGCUUCGAAUCUCACAAAGACGAGAUUUUCAACGUUCAGUGGUCUCCUCACAAUGAAACUAUCCUGGCUAGUAGUGGCAGUGACCGGAGGUUGCUGGUAUGGGAUCUGGCUAGGAUAGGAGAAGAACAGAGUCCAGAAGACGCAGAGGAUGGCCCCCCAGAGCUACUGUUUAUUCACGGGGGACACACGGCCAAAAUAUCAGACUUCACUUGGAACCCCAACCACCCCUGGUUCGUGUGCAGCACUUCUGAAGACAAUGUUAUUCACAUUUGGAAGAUGGCGGAGAACAUUUAUAACGAUGAGGAAAUAGUAGAGGUGCCAGAUAGUGAGCUGGAAGCCGGUGCUUAGUUGAGUUGGUGCGGGUUACCACUAGUUACUAUGCUAGUUACUAUGGUUACUAUGCUAGUUACUAGCGGCUGUUUGUACACAUUCCUCUCAGGUUCUUUAACCCAAGUAUUUCUUCUAAUUCUGGUGCCAGAAUCACUGAACCAGGUUAAGUUUUUAGUGGGAUUUUUGGCACUUCGAAUUGCUUUAUUCUCUAUGAACACAUGUUGAGUGUGUGUGAGAGUCAUUCUUAUAGCCAAUUUUAUAAUUUAUUGUAUUUUAUCAACAAUCAAAUUCUGCUGAUAUAAUUAUGCGAAAAACUUUAUUGUUUAACCAAUUUUAUUUUCACACUGCAGUUAUUGAUAACUGAUAGUGAUAUCAAUAAUUGUUAAAC